CCUCCCAAACAGAACCCUUUGCCCCAGAGCAGAGAAGUCUGACCAUCUGUACUACAGACAGGACAAAAAGACUGGGCACAAUGGAGGUGAAGGUGUCUGUGGACGGGAUCCAGCGUGUGGUAUGUGGAGUUACAGAGGAGACAACAUGCCAAGAAGUGGUUAUAGCUUUGGCCCAAGCCCUUGGACAACCUGGACGCUACACGCUACGGGAGACUUUUAAAGACUUUGAGAGGUGCAUGACGCCAAAAGAACGUCUUCUGGAAACUCUUGAGAAGUAUGGCGAGCAGGCCAGGGAGGUCCAACUGACACUUUUCCACAACGGACCCUCAGUCUGGGAUGAAAUGAGCAGGACCAACGUUGGCAGAUACCAGCCCUGCCCACCACUGAGAAGAAAAGAUGCAGGCGCCAGAAUGCGGCGGGGCAGCGGGUCACUAAGUUCGCAUCGUCGAAGCUUGCCCCCGUUAUCCUGUCUAAGACAAGAACAAGAGGACUUGAAAAGGCCUAAAAGAAAGUCUCUGACACUCAUGGAAGAGGCCUGGGAAUGGCUGGAGAGUCUGGGUAAAGGCAAGGUCUAUAGUACUGCCUGUGAUAAGGAAAGCAGCAAGAAGACGGAUAAAAGGAACCGUACCUCUUUGGACGUUUCUCUUACUGUUGACAAAGAUGACUCAGGCAGAAAUAGUAGGAGCAAAGUCAGGGGUCACAAAAGUUUAAUGUCAGACUUGGAUCAUCAGACAUCCUGUUGCAUGGGAAGCCAGAAUAGGGGUAAAGAAAGCAAACACUCCAAGAAAACUCCAGAGGCAAAAUCUGAUGACCUGUUCAGUUCACACUGUGCUGCAGUUGAGGAUGAAAAAAAUACUCUAAGAGAAACCAUAAUAUGUCAGCUCGGUUGUUUGCAGGAUUUACAGGCCCAGAUAGCAUAUAUAGACAAACAGAUAUUUGAGCUUGAGGAAAAACAGAGAGCAAAAAGAGCUGAGCAGGAAGCCCAGCAAAGAAUGGCUGAAGAGGAGAUGGAGCAAAUCAAGUUUUGGGAGAAUGAAUUAAAGGCAGAGGACGGUCACGAGAAGGAUUUGCAACAUCAGUUCCUUCAGAUGAAGGAGAAGGCUGUGGAUUGCAAGACAAAAUUAGAGGAGUACAGACACAAAAUGCAGGGGCUUGAUUUCUUUGCCACUCAAAUUGUUGUUCAAGAGGAUUCAGAGAUGGUUUCAAAACGUGAUGCAAAAACUGCCACUGGGAUUUCAGCUGUUUCAACUAAGGAGUGGGGACAAUCUGAUCCUAUCAGCAGGAAGUACCCGCCCAGAGAGGACUUAAACUCUCCUCAUGCUCUAGUUCCACCCAGCCAGAUAAAGGAGAGAAGGCCCACAGGGCCCACGGAGCUGAGGGAGUGGUGGGCACGCUGGUCUGAAGCUCAAAACAAUCAAUCACAGACUAAAAAAAGGGUGAUUCACCGCUCUGAGCUCACUAUAUAUCUGGGUAGUACCAAGGUUUAGGGUCAAAUUAACAGACAUCACAUAUACAAAGACAAUAAAUACUAUGAAUACUUCAUGUGCACCAGUUGUGAUCAUUACAUUCUUCAAAAUGCAUGACACCGAUACUCCUGGUUUAACUUAUUUGUAUCCAAUAAUUACUGCUCUUAUGUUUUAAGGAUGAAGCAACAAGCACCAUGGUUCACCCAGUCCAACAUUGUUUUAGUCAUUUACUGUGGCCCCUAGUGUUUAAUAUAAGUGAGCCAUUUUGAAUCUCAUUGAGGUAACAGUGCAGAUCAGCUUAAGUCAAACUCAAAUUCCCUUACACAAGACCUUCCAUAAUUUAAUUCCUUAAAAUGUUUUGAAACAACAGUCAGUCUACAGGACAUUUUAAAUUAACUGACAGUGAACGAAGAGUUGCAAACUUUACCUUCACGUUAAAUAUCUGCAGGUAGAAUUAUUUGCCAUUGUGCACCAAGUAUUCAACAUUUGCACUAAAAUAUAUUGAAUUCUAUAUAUAAAUAUAUAUAGAUACAUUGUAAAUACUAUAUUGGAUGAGGAAAAAAAAAAUCAGAGGAGGAAAAUCAAUUGAGUGUAUCACAGACUGCUUCUUAUAAAUUAGAAAAUAAUUUUCGUCUUGAAGACAGCUUUUAGUUGAAAGACUGUGCUGUCUCUCAGGAUGCAAGCAAGGAAUUGGCCUCGAGAAAAUUAUGGACUGGAAAAUGCAUGUCACUGUUCUCUGCAACUCAAAUAAUGCAACUGUUCAGCCCAGGAGAGCUGAUGCCAGCGUUUAUCUUGAAGGAGUGGGACUGGACCACAGGCUUUGCAUGAGCUUCAUCUCUGGAGAUUUUGUAUAUUCUGCUGAAGGCCCUCAUUAUUAAAUGUUUCCCUGUGGAGCACUCCUCUACGCAUAUGUACCUUUGCAUGGUCUUCACAACAGAACUGUAUUCAUAGAUACUGUAUGAUCUGAAGAUAUUUUAUUCAGUCUUAAAUAAAGGAGACUUGCUGCCUUUUUCUGAAAUAAAAUACAAUUACAAAACAGCUCAGGAUUUUCAUAAAACUUUUAAUCGUUUCAUUCAAGACCAUUAACAAAAGUACAUGAGAACCUCUGUAUGUGGUUCAACUGAAACCUGGUCAUUUCCAAAGUUGAAAUUAAUUUUGACUGUAACUUAAUGCGCAGAGGCACAACAGCUCACCCACCAUGUCUCAAGAGCACAAUAACUGAUUCU